UGAUGAAACCAUAUGGCCCGUUUCAGACCGGCCGCGGCCGUUUGAAACGCAUAAUAUAUAUCAGUUAGUUUGAAACCGGCAUGCAGGAAACUUGUGUUUGCGUUUUUAUCAGGUUUCGUGUUUUUGUGUCGUUGUGGGUACUUUAAAAUGGCUGAUGACGAAAAUAAAAACAUUCAAUUAGUGUUAGAAGUAGAAAAACGUCCUUGUUUGUAUAAUACCACAUUAUCUAACUACUCUCCGAGGACUGAAACUGAUAAAGCAUGGGCAGAAAUUGGAAGAAUAAUGGAAAUGACAGGUGCUGCUUGUAAAGAGAAAUGGCGAAAUUUGCGUGUUGUGUUUAUGAGACACUUGAAACCUUUGCCAAGUGGUUCUGGAAGAAAAAAGAAAAAACCGUACUAUUUAUUUGAUUAUAUGCAAUUUUUGACGCCAUAUGUAAGACCAAUUAAGCUGCCCGAGGCAGGGACCCUCCCGUCCACUUCAACAGAGGAUACCGAAACACAUGCUACCAUUGAUGUGUCAAACGAUGUUCCAGAAGAUUUGGCCGAGUCCGAGCAAUCUAAAGAGCCUACCUCUCCCGGUAUGCAUAAUAGUACAAUAAUUCAACAUUCUUCCAACUCAAAGCGAAAGAAGUUUUCAUUUCAGGAGACAGAUAAGUGUUUCCUUAAUUAUUUAAAAGACAAAUCUACUAAAUCUUCUACAGAAACUUCCACGGACUCUAUUAUGUCAUUUUUAAACAGUCUUGCACCCGAAUUAAGAGAAAUGAAUAUGCAUCAAUUCAAAAUAUUCAAAAGACGUACAUUAAGCCUCAUUGAUGACAUAUUGAAUCCACCUUCUACUUCGCCUGAAAGUGAAACAAUGAGUGCAGUAACUACAUUAAGUAAUGAAAAGUCUCGGGACACAAUAUGUUCUCCGCGGCCGUAUGGUAGUCCUUCAUAAUAUGUGCAGCCACUGCAGCAAGUACCAACAACUAAAUCCUCUGGACUUCAGCAGAGUAUCAACAAAAAACUCUAUGCAGGCAGUAUCAACAGAUAAUCCUUUGGACUUCAGCGGAGUAUCGACAGAAAUCUCAUUAAAUUAUACAGAAUACCCUUCUGUCAACCAGAGCAUGUCAUUGUAACUCAUUUUAUGUUUAAAUAUAAGUAAUAAUAAUUACUGAUAAAAAUUAGAUUUCGUCAUUUCAAUAUUAUUUUAAUCAUUGAUUUAAAUAAAUAUUUUAAAAUAC